AAAAUAAAAACCCUGUCUGUCAAACUUUUUCUUCGCUUUCAGAAAAUUUCAAAGGUGUUUCUCAAAGUGUGCGAAUUUUUCUUCUAGAUAUCAUAUAUUCCUUAAGUGAAACAGUGAAGUAACGUACUACUACUGUGCAGCUAGUACCAUGGCUUAUCGCAACAACAACCGUCGUGGUGGUGGUGGUGGCGGUGGCAGCGGUGGUGGAAGUGGUGGCGGUGGGGGUGGUAGUGGUGGUGGCAGCGGUGGUGGCAACUUCGGCAACAACUAUGGCAACCGUAUCAAUCCCUGGGAUGCGGGUGUCGGCGGUGUCCGUGUGAACAAUGAUGCGCUCUCAUUUGCCAACAGUAUAAUUAAUAACCUGCUCGGCAAUCAAAACGCGAACCAGGUGCCAUCGCUCCUGGACGGUGUGCAAUCUUCGAGAUUUGACGACAUGAAUGGAUACAAUUUCAUUAGGAACCGAUAUGGCAAAAAUCGUAACGUAAAUGGUCGUGGCAUCCGCAAACCGGAUGCUGUUGCCCGUUCGAAAAACGUGUUGGCGAAAAAUUAUAAUAAACCGUUAAGUAAAGAGGCACUCGGCAAUGCUAGUACAAGCGGCCGAAAUAGUGGCAAUAAAGGUGCGAAAAAGGGUAACCUAUCGGGUGGGCCCACCGGUGGUGGCGCGCACAAGGAAAAACCCUCCACGUCGAAGGCAUCACCGUACAUGGACGUGUCGAACGAUUUUCUCUACUGUCACAUGUGCGAUAAGCACAUGUACGAUGCCACUUCGUUCGAAAACCACAUCACCGGCCGCACGCACCGCGUGAUGAAGGAAAGCAUCGAGGAAAGCUACCGGAUGCGAGCGACGCUGCUGCGGCAGGAAGCACGCAUCGCCGAGCAGCUCAAAACGAUCGAGAUCGAUCGUCUGAAGCGCAUGGGGAAGGCGAAAAAUUACUACAAGGUGCGCGAAUACUGUCCCAUGUGUGAGCUGUUUUUCUACGGGCACAUCAUAGCCCACCGGCGCUCGGAGAAGCAUUUGGAUUUGAAAAAGUUUCUGCAUCCCAAGUGUGACGACUGCGAGCUCGAGUUUCACAAUCGCACCGAGUACGAUGACCAUCUGCUUUCGGUGGUGCACAUGAAGAACUGCAAGUCUAAGCCGAGCAGGCUCGAAAUCGAGCGAAAGGCAAAACAAUUGACCAUUUCUACAAUGAACGACGAGCUGCUAGACAUACGCGAAGAGAUAGCACCCAAAAAGCGGAAGGAAAAGGAUGGUUCCGGAUCGGGUGCAAAGAAGUCCGAGGCGGAAAGCAAAUCUUCAACCAGCAAGCAGCAAACGGCAAGCGACCAGUCUGUCUCGGGUUCGGGCUCGGGAGAAAAUGGUGAAUCAAGCAAGGCAGAUGACGAGACAGCAGCAACUAUGGCGGACUCGACGGUGGAGGAUGGUGCUGGUAGCGAGAGUGGAAAACCGUCGGUGGAGGACGGUGUGGGUGCAACGCUCGACGAUCCAAAGCUGGACGAAGAGUGCCCCGAGGAUGAGCUGGUAAAGGAGGAAGAAAGUGAAGACUGUAUACUAGAUUACAAACCGGGCGACGAGAUUGCGCCGGAAAUCGACAACAAGUUGCCUCGGUACAGGAAGAACCGUGCGCUCGGGCUGAGCCUGAUCGGGAAGCUGGAGUGUGUCGAGUGUCGCAUCUGCCACAAGUACUUCGAUAGUGAGGCGACCGGCGAAGUGCAUGCCCGCACACAUUCGCACUAUCGCGCAUUUAUACGCUUUCUGAACGAGAAGGCAAUGGAGGUACGCAUCGCACAGAAGCGUGCCGCCGUUGCACUGGAGGAGGCGGAGGCCGCCAAGAAGAAGCAAAAGAUGGCGUAUGAAAAGAAGCACGUGGAGGCCGACGUUAAUGGCGAACAGGCGAACAAUGGUGAGCAGGGCGAGAAGAAGGACUCGGACCUGUACGAUCCAUCAGAGGCCACAGAAUCGGGUGACGCUAGCAUGGCUGAAGAUGGCAAGAGUGAUGAUGGCCAGAACGGCUCAGAACAGCAACAGAUAGAACCGAUGGAAACGGACGUGGCGGGAAAGGUCGCGCCAGGGACGGAUGAUGACGAGUUGGGCGCACAGGCACAGGAACCCGACUCCAGCAAGGAGGAAGAUUGUAAAGAUUCGAAGGACGAUAAACCAAACCCGAAGGGUGGCAACCGACGCGGACGAAAUACCCGAUCUGGACGAUUUGCUGGACGCUAUUAG